AUGACUUUCCCGAUGUACACGGUGCCAGCAGAUGUGCUGUUGAAGAUGAACAAGAUUGAGCCUCAUGAGCUCUUGAAGGCUCAGGGCGACCUGACCAUCUUCGAUGACGAUGUGGGGAUGGCAGCAUUUGUCUCGCACCAAUGGUUGGCCAAGCACCACCCAGACCCCGACCUCAGGCAGAUGCGCAUGCUACAACAGGCCCUGAAGCGGCUCUUAACUUCCGAAAGUGGCUCCGUGCCGCUGGACAUCAUGACGGAAGGGUCGGUGCCCAACGCCAAGCCACUUCCCAUGAAGGACUUUCAGGCCAAGCCUUUGUUCCUGUGGUACGAUUAUUUCUCCGUGCCGCAACUAGAAGACCGGAAGUUCUACGCCGCCACAGAUGAGAGAGACGGCUCCCAGCAAGCCAGGGCCAUCCACAGCAUCCCUGCCUACGUCUCCAGAUGCCGCUUUUUCCUGGCUCUUUGUCCCGUGGUCGACUGCCCCUGGGAAACCAAGGCAGGGUCUCCAGGAGCCCUUUGA